AUGAAGACUUCCAUUAUAUAUUGUGAUUAACUCAAAUAUAUAGAAUAAAACAUUGGUUGGUAUCUAAUCUUGAUAUUAGAGUAUUAUAAUUAUAGCUAUUUAUAAAAUAAUGUUAAUAUUUAGCAACUGAGAAGUAAAUUUCAUGCAAAAUUCAAUAAUCUAGUUUCUACUACAAAUAUAAAACAAAACUAAAAACCCAAUCAAUAUAAAAGCUAUAAAAUAUGUUAGAGACAGUAAAUCUUGAUAAAACACAUCUACAUUCUAAUUUUUCAAAACAGAAAUAUACAUAUUUGGUAGAAACCUAGAACUAGACAUUACAAGAGAACACCAUAAGAGAAUGUAUGAUAUAUUCCUGAAUAGAAAACUCUUUUUUUAAAAUUCUAUGUUGAAUCAUAAAUCACGUAUAUA